AUGGCCAGCUCAACAAACUCGCUCCUAAACCUCGACCCACAACACAUCUCCUGCAUCGGCGGGCGCACAGUACUGACAUGCAAGAGCUGUGCAGGGAAUGCCCCAAGAGGCUCAAUUUGCACCAGCUGCAACGGCCGCGGCUUCAACAUCUUCAUCUGCGCCCAAUGCAACCCAACCGCGGCCGCAGCUGCACCUGCAGCUAGAUCAACAGCAAACUUCACAUCUGCAUCGGCAGGGACAGGAACGCCUGGCUCCUCGGCUCCGUCGUCGCCUGGCUCGUUGAGCCGCAGUUCGUCCACCUCUUAUCCUUCACAUCCUGAUCCGAAUGUUGGGAGGUCUUGGGGUCGUGGUGGGACGAGCUGUGGGAGUGUUGAGACGAAUACCAAUACCAAUACACCGCGGAAUCCGUGA